CCCGCGCGGCCACAUGGCUCCACUACGCGCGCUGCUGUCCUGCCUGCUGUCCUUGCACUGCGCGCUGUGCGCCACCGCGGGCAGGCGGACCCCAGAGCUGCGCCUCUCUGGAAAGCUCGGUGGCUAUGGUGUGACGGUGCCCUGCAGCACGGAUUUUCAGGGACGCUUCCUCUCCCACGUGGUGUCUGGCCCAGCAGCAGCCUCCGCAGGGAGUGUGGUAGUGGACGUGCCACCCACACCACCGUCCCACUCCGUUCACCCUCGGGUGGCUCGCAGCCCCCCGCGCCCAGAAGGAGGGACCCUGCGGCCGGGCAGGACGGGGCGCCACUCCCUCUACUUCAACGUUACUGUUUUUGGGAAGGAACUGCACUUGCGCCUGCGGCCCAACCGGCGGCUGGUGGUGCCAGGAGCCUCAGUGGAGUGGCAGGAGGAUUUCCGGGAGCUGUUCCGGCAGCCCUUGCAGCAGGAGUGUGUGUACACUGGAGGUGUCACUGGGAUGCCUGGGGCAGCUGUUGCCAUCAGCAACUGUGAUGGAUUGGCGGGCCUCAUCCGCACAGACAGCACUGACUACUUCAUUGAGCCCCUGGAGCGGGGGCAGCAGGACAAGGAGGCCGUCGGGAGGACGCACGUGGUGUACCGCCGGGAGGCCGUCCAGCAGGAGUGGGCGGAGCCCCACCGGGACCUUCACAAUGAAGCCUUUGGCCUGGGCGACCUUCCCAACCUGCUGGGCCUGGUGGGGGACCAGCUGGGAGAAGCGGAGAGGAAGCGGCGACACGCCAAGGCGGGCAGCUACAGCAUCGAGGUGCUGCUGGCGGUGGACGACUCGGUGGUUCGCUUCCACGGCAAGGAGCACGUGCAGAACUAUGUCCUCACGCUCAUGAACAUCGUGGACGAGGUCUACCACGACGAGUCCCUGGGCGCCCACAUCAACAUUGCCCUUGUCCGCUUGAUCAUGGUCGGCUACCGCCAGUCCCUGAGCCUGAUCGAGCGUGGGAACCCCUCGCGCAGCCUGGAGCAGGUGUGUCGCUGGGCGCACUCCCAGCAGCGCCAGGACCCCGGCCACGCAGAGCACCACGACCACGUUGUCUUCCUCACACGGCAGAACUUUGGGCCCUCAGGGUACGCACCCGUCACUGGCAUGUGCCACCCCCUGAGAAGCUGUGCCCUUAACCACGAGGAUGGCUUCUCCUCGGCCUUCGUGGUGGCCCACGAGACUGGCCACGUGCUCGGCAUGGAGCACGACGGCCAGGGCAACGGCUGCGCGGACGAGACCAGCCUGGGCAGCGUCAUGGCGCCCCUGGUGCAGGCUGCCUUCCACCGCUUCCACUGGUCCCGCUGCAGCAAACUGGAGCUCAGCCGCUACCUCCCUUCCUACGACUGCCUCCUCGACGACCCCUUUGAGUCCACCUGGCCCCGGCCCCCAGAGCUGCCGGGGGUCGACUACUCAAUGGACGAGCAGUGCCGCUUUGACUUCGGCAGCGGAUACCAGACCUGCCUGGCGUUCAGGACCUUUGAGCCCUGCAAGCAGCUGUGGUGCAGCCACCCUGACAACCCGUACUUCUGCAAGACCAAGAAGGGGCCCCCACUGGAUGGGACCGGGUGUGCACCAGGCAAGUGGUGCUUCAAAGGUCACUGCAUCUGGAAGUCGCCAGAGCAGACCUACGGCCAGGACGGAGGCUGGAGCUCCUGGACCAAGUUUGGGUCAUGUUCAAGGUCAUGUGGGGGCGGGGUGCGAUCCCGCAGCCGGAGCUGCGACAACCCCCCCCCAGCCUACGGAGGCCACCCGUGCGCAGGGCCCACGUUCGAGUACCAGGUGUGCAACAGCGAGGAGUGCCCCGGGCCCUACGAGGACUUCCGGGCCCAGCAGUGUGCCAAGCGCAACUCCUACUACACCCACCAGAACGCCAAGCACAGCUGGGUCCCCUACGAGCCUGAGGACGAUGCCCAGAAAUGCGAGCUGAUCUGCCAGUCGGCAGACACGGGGGACGUGGUAUUCAUGAAUCAGGUGGUCCACGACGGGACACGCUGCAGCUACCGGGACCCGUACAGCGUCUGUGCCCGCGGCGAGUGUGUGCCUGUCGGCUGUGACAAGGAGGUGGGGUCCAUGAAGGCCGAUGACAAGUGCGGAGUCUGUGGCGGUGACAACUCACACUGCAGGACCGUGAAGGGGACACUGGGCAAGGCCUCCAAGCAGGCAGCAGCCAAACUGGUGCAGAUCCCGGCGGGUGCCAGGCAUAUCCAGAUUGAGGCCCUGGAGAAGGCUCCCCGCCACAUUGUGGUGAAGAACCAGGUGACGGGCAGCUUCAUCCUCAACCCCAAGGGCAAGGGAGCCACGAGCCGGACCUUCACCGCCAUGGGCCUGGAGUGGGAGGACACAGUGGAGGACUCCAAGGAGAGCCUCAAGACCAGUGGGCCCCUACCCGAGGCCAUCACUGUCCUGGUGCUCCCCCCAGCUGAGGGUGGCCCCCGCAGCAGCCUGGCCUACAAGUAUGUCAUCCAUGAGGACCUGCUGCCCCUUAUUGGGAGCAACAACGUGCUCCUGGAGGAGACGGACACCUACGAGUGGGCGCUCAAGAGCUGGGCGCCCUGCACCAAGGCCUGUGGGGGAGGGCUGCAGUUCACCAAAUACGGCUGCCGGCGCAGACGUGACCACCACAUGGUGCAGCGGCACCUGUGUGACCACAAGAAGAGGCCCAAGCCCAUCCGCCGGCGCUGCAACCAGCACCCCUGCCCCCAGCCUGCGUGGGUGACGGAAGAGUGGAGCCCCUGCAGCCGGAGCUGCGGGAAGCUGGGGGUGCAGGCUCGGGGGGUACAGUGCCUGCUGCCCCUCUCCAAUGGCACCCGCAAAGCCAUGCCAGCCAAGGCCUGCCCCGGGGACCGGCCUGAGGCUCGGCGGCCCUGCCUCCGUGUGCCCUGCCCAGCCCAGUGGCGGACAGGAGCCUGGUCCCAGUGCUCGGCCACCUGCGGGGAGGGCAUCCAGCAGCGGCAGGUGGUGUGCCGGACCAGCACCAACAGUCUCGGGCAGUGCGAGGGGGAGAAGCCAGACACCGUCCAGGUCUGCAGCCUGCCCGCCUGCGGAGGAAAUCUCCGGAACUCCACGGUGAAGGCUGACGUCCAGGAACCUGUGACUCCAGAGGGGCAGUGGGUUCCACAGUCCGGACCCCUACAUCCCGUUAACAAGAUACCAGCAACGGAGCCCUGCCUGGGGGACAGGUCCAUCUUCUGCCAGAUGGACGUGCUCGGUCGCUACUGCUCCAUUCCUGGCUAUCACCGGCUGUGCUGCGUGUCCUGUACCAAGAAGGCCACAGGCCCCAGCGCUAGCCCAGACCCUGGCCUGACCUCAACGCCCACUGUCUCCACUCCCGGGAGCCCCUUACCAGGACCCGAGGCCCCUCCAGUUGCCGCGGAGCCCACCAGGGAGCCAGCGGGAUCAGAUGACCUCCAGCAUGGCCGACCGACACAGCUCCCAGGACUCCCGGACACAAGCUCCCCGGUGACCCAGCACCUUUUUGCCCCCCAGAAACUGAGCCCUAGAGCAUUCUGGGGCACCUCCCCUACCACCCUGGGGGGACAGCCGUGGGGCUGGACUCAAGCACCUGUGCCAGCCUCCAAGGACAAAGGGUGGCCCAGGGAAGACCCGGAGCAUCCAGGUACCAGCCUCCCUGCCACCUCCCCGGUGACAUGAGCCACGCCCCACCAUCCCACCAGUGACGUUUACACUGUGAGCCGCCCAGGAGCCCUGGCUCAGAGGACGCACACAUGGGGCAGGGGCAGGCACAGACUUCCUUUUAAAUUAUUCACCUUCUUGUUUGGGGCUUGACGCUCUAGCCCAGAGAGUGGGGAGGGAGGAAGACAGAGCAGGGCGAGCUCUACCUGGAGAUACCUCAGCGAGCAGCCCAGCAGCUGGGCCACACCUCUCAGGGGCUCCAGUUGGUCUCCUGCCACAAGCUGGGCCAGCUACUGCCCCCUCCUCACAGCCGCGGGGUCCCAGGCAGGUCCGAAGCCCAGGCUGAGAGCUACCAGGGCUCCCUGCCUUCCCCAGAACUGUGGAGACCCCGUGGGGACCCUGCCUACGUGGCCCCUCUGCCAGAAAGGCAAAGCAGGGCCAGGGGAGGCGGGGCGCUCACAGCAGGCGGAGAGGAAGGGGCCGGGUGAAGGUGGCAUGAGGCUUCCCGGCCCAGGGCUGGGGAGGGUGGGAGGCGGCUUGUCCCAGGCCCAGCUCUUGGUAGCCGAGGGCUCCACACAGCUCCACCGGCCUGGGCCUUUGCUGGCUGGAGGGCAGUGCCUGUGGCCAUGCUCUACUCCUGUGGACAUCACUUCUGUUCCUUCUGAUAACUGCAGGUUACAGGCUGGCCUCCCAAUCCCACCCUGGCCCACCAGAGAAGGGGGUUCAAUACACCCUGGGCCCCUGUUCUCACCGUACAGGGGUUUCCAAACUGGUGCUUGACCCCUGACUGGACCAGAACUGCAGCUUUGGUCGUGACUCUGAGCCUUGGAGGUGACUGUGUGGGACACAGAGGAGCCGUGAUUUCUCAGGCUGGGCCCUCAGUCAUUAUCCACUGCCCAAGACAGAGGGGGUCAGGGGUCUUUUCCGCCUGGCUCAAGCUAGGCAAGAGCUGUGUGGUUCUUCGGGCACUGGGGCCCCAGGGAAGACGACCAGAGAGUCUACUCAAAGCCAGACCCUGCAGGUGACCAGGGCCACCCGGGCUGAGUGCCCCAGGGCAGGAUGCCAGCCCUGCCCCAGUCUGGAGUGAAGAGCACACAGUGACCCCUGGUGCUGCAGGGCCUCCUCCAGGCUCACCUGCCCUCCACGUUACCUCCAAGGGACAGGUGACAGCCCUAGACCCUCUGGCUCUCAGGUGAUGGCCCAGGUUCCCAGCACACCCACAGGGGUCCUCACCCCUAGGGUCCUUGCCAGGUGAUAGAGGUGCUUCUCAUUUCUUCCUUCCCCGGCAAAAGGGGGCUGUUCUGAGCCAGCCAGGAGGAGCAGAAGCAGUGCGCCCCUGGCCUGCAGCCGCUUAGAGAACAGAGGUGCUGGGGGGCUUCCCAGGUGCGUUCUCCACCUGCUGCCUCCUCCUCCCCCUUCCCUAGGAUGCUGGGCCCACACUGGGUCAUUCCCAUGGGAAUCAGUUAAAGGGCGUAAACUCUUGUGCCUUAGGAAUCCAGGUCUUUACAUUUUUAUGUAUUUAUUAACAUUGCCCUUGGUGUUUUGUUUGGGACCCCAAAAAGUUGUAUGUGCUUUUCUUUUUCUCUCUUGGUUUUGGAGGAAGCGGGCAGUGAAGCCAGAACUCUACGGGGCUGUCUGGGCUGUAGCAAGAGGACUGGGGCUGGGGAACAGAUGGGACGGGGGCUGGAGUCUCGUCCUUCAGCCUCUGUGACCAAGACCCACUCACUCCGUGGCUCCUCUGAGGGGUCAAAAUCAGGCCUGGGGGUCCUACUCGGGCUCCGCCGUGGAGGAGCUGUGUGGCCUUGGGCAAGUCACCGCCCAGAACUUGAUCCAAAGGGCAAGGUGCCUGGGAGAUAGUUUUGGGGUCUGCAGGGCAUUCUGAUGUCACUGUACAAGCGUGCAAGGGGUGGUUUCCUUGGAAGGUGGUGAGCGCCCUUUUCCUGGAAGAAUCCAAGAAGAAUUGUGGACGCUGGCUAGGAGGAGGAAGGAAUGUGAUGCAUCUUUUUGGGCAGCGAAGGCCGAAGAACCCUGCUCUGUGGGACUGCUGACCGACCCCUCGCCCCUUGCCCGUGUCAGACAUCACUAAUCCAUCCCCGCACUGUUUCAGUGUGUGUAUCACAGGCCCCUCCCUAACACCUGUGGGACCCAGGACAAGAGUGCAAACAAGGACUCCGCCCCCCACCAGCCCAGGGUGCACUCCUCUUUCCACCCCUGGUUUCAUCCCUCAAGGGACUUCACACGCCUGUCUAGCCCUCAUGGCCACACUCCAUUCACAUCCCUCUGCACACAGCCUGCCCUUGGGGGCUACCCUUUGCAGACAGCUGCCAUUUGGGUGUACGUGGUGACCCAGUCGCACCUUAGGGGGACUGACUUGGGGAGAUGCUAGCAUGAGCCCCAGAAGUGGGCUUAGGAUCGUUCAGGCAGGGAAUUAAUUCUAUGAGCCAAGGACCCCAGAAUGUGGCCUGCAAGGAGGGGAACAUGGGCCCUGGAUGGGCACUUCCACUUGGCCCAGUGCAGUCCUUGCCGUGGGGGUAGUUCUGGCAGAGUGGGGCCCUCUAGGAUCCUAGCACUCUGGCUCUAACGGUGUCCUGGUACAUUGCACAGGGCAGGGAUGACACAUGGAAAAUGCGUGCCAAUGUACCUGCAUCUUGUGCCCGUGGCAGACAUUGCCAGUCUGUCACUGCACUGUCCCCCACUGAGCCCGCUGACCCCAAAGAAUCCUCUUCACACAGUGCUCUGGGUAGUGGCCAUGGAUCAUUGCCAUCAUUGGGACAAAGCGCAGGGCUAGUGGGUCUGUAAUUUUAAAUUGUACAACUUUAGAAACCUUUGCACCAUCAGCAUCUCAGGCAGAACCGCGACAUCUAGAAGCAGGACUGCAGUGCUUGAACCAAGGAAGAGGAUGCCAAAGCCAGCCCCAAGGAACCUCUACUGAGCUCUGGGCCCUCUGAGAGCCCAGGGUGGGGGCAAACCAUCUCUAGGGAGCCUUUGGGUCCACCUGCUCCUAUGAGAAAUGGAAACGAAAGUGUGUAUUUGCCUUGCCUACCUGUGAACACACUAUGAAAAGAGUGUGGCCAGAAAAUGCAAGGUGUCACAGUGAUGAGGGCACCUCCUAGGAGUGACAUUUCUCACUAGGUUAUUCCUGGAAUGGGGCUUAAGGGACCCAGUCAGCUUGAGGUGACAGAUGAGCUGUCAUCUAUGCCACAAGAGUGGGCUCAAGUCAGAGUUUGGGUUCCCCCAGACCAUAAACCUCAGCCAGUGGGGUCCUCCCCCUUCUCUAGGUACCCCAUGACCCUCACACCCUGCAAGCCAAGGCUGCCUGGACUGUCGGCUUGGGCCUUGGGGACCCAGGUCAUUCCCCUGACCACAUGUUACCCACACUAUGCGUCGAGUGUAGAACGCUCAAGACAACAUCACUCUCACCCUAACAAUGAGCAAAAGCCCAGUAAUCUACAAAGUCAUAUAUGUUUAGCCCAUCAGAGUAGGGGUUGCAAGGCCAGCAGGUGAACUAAAUUCUGAAGUAUGACAAGCCCCUCUAAGGACAGACUGGACACAUGGAGACUUUGUUCAGCCUUGGUGAAGCACAGGAGGAGUGACCACCAUAGAACAGGGGCGAAAAUACAACUGAAAUGUCAAUGAAUUUUUAAAGCUGAGUGUGACACUUGGGAAUCAUUGGGGGCCCCAAAGACAAUGGGCGUCUACACCUGCUCACCAGCUCUUUUCCUCAGCCCUCCACUGGAUGCACGAGUGGAAAUCUGGGGCAGGACAGGAGACCCAAGAGAGCACCCCUGGGGCCCUGCCCAAGCCUGAGAGCACAGAUUUAAAAAGCAAUUUAAUAGCAUGGAGGACACCAAAUAUCUGUACACUGAACAUACAAAGUAUUGCUGAGAAAAAUUUAAAAAUACCUGAGUAAAAGUAGACCAUGUCUAUGAAUCAGAAGCCUCAAUAUUGUGUUAAGGUGUCAAUUCUCCCCAGUGAUCUAUAAAUUCAGUGUGAGUCCAAUCAAAAUUCCAGGAGAGAAUCCGAACACAGAUCCACACAGACACAGUGGUAAUGGUUAAUUCUUAUGUGUCAACUUGAUGGAGUUAAAGGAUGCCCAGGUAGCUGGUGAAACACAUUUCCAGGGUCUGUGAGGAAUUAGCAUUUCAAUCCAUAGACUGAGUAAGCAAGAUCACCCUCCCCAAUGUGGGCAGGUGUCAUCCAAUCCACUGAGAGCCCAAAUAGAGCAAAAAGGCAGGGGAAGGACAAAUUCUCUCUGUCUGCUUGAGCUAGGAGGACAUUCGUCUUCCUCCCUUGGAUACCAGUGGCUCCCCUAGUU